AACAUUGUUUUCCUUUUCACUGACCUCGCACGUCAUUCUGGAAAUCGUGCAGUGUUGUUGCUACCAUAUUAGUCUGGUUGUCAAACGUUGUCAUACUUCUAUUUUACCGUUAACGAAGGAUGGCGACUCAAAUAAGAUUAUUAAAGGAGUUCUUGGUUUUAUGAUACGGUGACAAAAAAGGUUAAGGGCGAGCAUAGACCUAAUAUUGCUGAGGAUGGCACAAACUCUUGUGACCUUGAAAGAAUGAGUCGCAUAUGGGUUUCAAAUACCUGGGGGAAAGUAAGCAGAACAUUUCAUUCGUGGCAAACACAUGCCCGCAAGUCAGCAGCAUCAUUUCCCCUGUCUGCUACCUCUCACUGCAGGGUUCAUGUACAACAACCUUACUGCUACAAGGUAGGCUAUCUCAGCUGGAGGCACAUCUACCACCUGAAGAUCACUGGGCGUAAGGGAUGGCUCUGUAAAGCUAACCAGGUUAGACAAAAGCUUGGACUCCACACCAGCACCCUGUAUUUGAACACUUCACGUUGGUCUGCUGGUCUGAGCCAACACAUGUCGCGGGUCAGGAACACACUGGACACAGUUUCUAAAGCUGUGAGUGGGACACAUACAGAACUUCUCUCUAAAAUUGCCAGACUCAAGCCUAAUGCUUUAAGGGGUGGAAAAAAGGCUGAGGCAAGUGUUGAGUCAGCGCCAAAAGCAGAGGAGAGUGCAGUCACGCCUACUCUUGCUCCCACUGAUGUUGCUCCUUCUUCUACAUCUACUACACCCAACCCUAUAUGUAUCUCAUCUUCUGUCAGUCCUAUUCCUACUUCUACAUGUGAAGCAAGUGCCACUACCUCCACUCAUCCUCACAAUCCUACCCAAGCAACUGUCACUGCCACAAUUCGGAAUGUGCGCGAGCCUAAGGAGAAAAAGCUGAGGCUUGUUGUUCCUGCUGUCAAAGCCAGUUCUGCCACGAAGCAAGAUGAGCUUAAACCUUCACUGAGUGAUACUGAGAGCAAGAACACAACUUUAACACCACAAACCACAGCCCUUUUCCAUCCUAGCACCUUUUCAGUCAGCCUGGAUGAGACUUACAACUACCUGGCUCAUCACAUCAACUCAUACUUUGGCAGCAGUACAAAGACUCAGGACAAGAAAGUGAAUUCUUCUGCUUUGUCUCAGGGUAAAAAAACUAGUGAUUUAAUGCCAGUGUCUGAUAAGACCCUCUCUGCUCCUCCAGUUACCACACCUUCCACCAAGAAGGGUUUAGGACAUUACCUGUCCUACUCAGCUCCCACUGUACAAGCCUUUGUAGGAAGUUACAUUGCUCCCCUGGUCCCAAAGUUUAGGACAGCUGAGUCCAAAAGGGCUACAGUGGAAGAAAAGAAGACUGAGGAUGCACAAGUUAAACAAAUUGAGGCCACAGUUAGUAAAGAUCAGAAGGCUGCAGAGGAAAAAGCCAAGAAACUACUGCUUCAAAGGGAAAAGAUCAUUGCCAGGGUGAGUGUGGACAAUCGAACUCGGGGACUGGUUCAGGCUCUGCACAGAGCUUCAGAUGUAAGGGUUUACAUCAACAGGGUGGAGGACCUCAGCUACCAUCUCCUGGAGUUUCCAGAGACUAGUGGUGUUGCAGUCAAGGCGCAGGUAAUCCCUUGCCUGCUGCGUCUGAAACAGGCCAAUGACCCAGGCCUGAGGGCGGCCGUUAGAGAAGCCCUCGCUCUGGUGGGCUACCAUAAUCCUGUGAAAGGCCGUGGCAUACGGAUCCUGUCCAUAGAUGGAGGAGGGUUAAGGGGGCUUGUUGCACUUCAGACGUUACACAAGCUGGAAGCCCUGACCGGCAAACCCAUUUACAAACAGUUUGAUUAUAUUUGUGGUGUCAGCACAGGUGCUAUUUUAGGGUUCAUGCUAGGUGCAUUCCAAAUCCCAUUGAACGAGUGUGAUGAUCUUUACCGGAAGUUGGGUUCAGAUGUCUUCAAGCAAAACUUCAUUGUUGGCACUGUAAAGAUGGGCUGGAGCCAUGCUUUCUAUGACAGUGAAGCCUGGGAGAACAUCCUCAGAGAGAAAAUGGGCUCUCACCGUCUGGUGGAAACUUCAAGAAACCCUGAAUGCCCCAAGGUGGCAGCGGUGAGUACCAUUGUGAACAGGGGCACUCCUCUUAAGGCCUAUGUGUUCAGGAACUACAACUUGCUGCCAGGGGUGCGCUCUCACUACCUGGGGGGCUGCCAGCACCAGCUUUGGCAGGCCAUCCGUGCCACAUCAGCAGCCCCUGGGUAUUUCCAGGAGUUCACUUUGGGAAAUGAUCUCCACCAGGACGGGGGUCUGCUGAUUAACAACCCCACAGCACUGGCUAUCCAUGAGUGUAAGUGUUUAUGGCCCAACACGCCCCUGGAGUGUGUGGUCUCACUCGGUACGGGCCGCUUUGAAUCUCCUGGCAAGAACAGCACCACCUACACGAGCCUCAAAACCAAACUCACCAAUGUCAUCAGCAGCGCCACAGACACUGAGGAGGUUCACGCCAUGCUUGACGCCUUCCUCCCUCCCGGCACUUAUUUCCGCUUCAACCCCUUCAUGAGCGAAGAUAUCGCCAUCGAUGAGAACCGGCACGAGAAGCUCAACUUGCUGCAGGCUGAGGGUAUCCGUUAUCUGGAGAGAAACGAGGAGAAGCUGAAGAAGGUCGCUCACAUCCUCACCCGAGAGAAAAGCUCCGUCCAGAGGCUGGCAGAUUGGGCCAGGCUCAGAGCUAACAUGUAUAACAUGUCCUUUAAGUCCUAUAAGCUCUAGAUCACACACAGGCCACCUUUACCUCACAUUGAAACACGUCCUUAAUUCUAAAUUGCCUUGGAUUGUGUGUCAUAGUUGUUUCCUUCUUGGCCUGUAUUGUAGCUCUGGGUUUGGGAACUCCCUGAAAGGUCCCAUGGCAUGAACAUUUCACUUUAUGAGGUUUUUUAAUAUGAGUUCCCCCAGCCUGCCUAUGUUCCCCCAGUGGCUAGAAAUGGUGGUAGGUGUAAACCGAGCCCAGGGUACCCUGCUCUGCCUUUUGAGAAAUGGAAAUUUCAGAUGGGCCAAUCUGUAAUCUUGCUCUUUAUGAAGUCAUAAGGGGCAGGAUUACCUCCCCUUUCUCUGCUUUGCCCACUCAAAGAGAGAGACAUCAUGGCUUUCAAACAAGCAAAGUGGCAGUUGGUCAAGGCCACACCCCCAACCCCCCCUCCUCCUCAAAAGCUACAGAAUUAGAAAUGCCACAUACUAAGGAAAGAUCAUUGUGGGACUGGCUCUAGUGGCUGUAAUUCUGCAUCAAGCUGAAUUUAGGGAAAGAGACUUCAUAUUUAGUAUUAGGGGACCACUAAGGUCUAUAUAAAAGCAUCCAAAGAGCACCAUGUCAUGGGACCUUUAAUAGGGAUUCACUGUCAGCUUGCCAGCAAAUGCAACUUGUACACUUAAAAGAAAAGCAUUUUGGGUAAUAGGCUUAGUUGCUUUCUUUACUAAAGUUAGAUUAAAAGAUCAAGACCAUGUAAUUCUGUACGGUAAAUAUGAAGAUAGUUAGCCGGCGGUUAGCUUCGAUAAGCAUAAAGACUGAAAACAGGGAAAUGGCUAGCCUGGCUCUGUUCAAAAGUAACA